UCUUGGAUCAAAGUAAAUCCUCACAAGCCUCUGCUGGAUUGUGUUUAGUUGAGAUCUGAAACAACAAAAGAAACGACUCGAGAGAUCCGUUUCUUUUCAAAGAGUUCUUUUCUCGGGUACUUACUUUCCUUUCAUCACGGCCGCUUCCCUCACUCUUUCUUUUCGACGGGCGUACACCAGUCGACUCUUUUCAACCAACUAAUUUAACGACGUAACGAUUUAACGAAUCCAAUCCUCAGCUGGUCUUAGCUACGAGCUAGAAGACGGUUACGACGUACUUCCUUCUUGUUGGAUACAUAUCUUUUAUCCAACUUGACCUCACACAGAUCACGCUCCUUCAGACUACCGCUUAUUGCGACUUCAUCUCCGCUUUUCCAUUCUAAUUAAAGAUGUCUUUCGAGGUCCCGAAGGUAGUCCCGUUGACUUGCCAUGGUCAUUCUCGUCCAGUUCCACAUAUUAGCUUCUCCUCUAUAGUGGAAGAUGAUCAAUAUUACCUCAUAUCAGCAUGCAAAGAUAACAAUCCCAUGCUUCGUGAUGGCAUUACUGGUGACUGGAUCGGUACUUUCAUGGGCCAUAAAGGUGCCGUAUGGCAAGCCCGGCUGUCAGCUGAUGCGAAUAUAGCCGCUACUGCAGCAGCUGAUUUCUCAGCGAAGGUUUGGGAUACACACACAGGAGAGUGUCUGCAUACACUGCAGCAUUUCCACAUUGUACGUGCAGUAGCAUUCCCAAUCCAAUCCAAUCCUCAGGUACUCGCUACCGGAGGGAUGGAAAAGAAACUACGAAUCUUCGACCUAUCCCGGAGUGACUCUGGGUCCACAUCAGGUGCAUCUGCAACGCCAGCUGCAGAGGGCUCUGGCGGCAGCUCGAUAAAUGGCACUGGAUCAGCAACCAGCUACGAAAUCGGGCCUGGCGUGCACGGCGGUACCAUCAAGUCUGUUGUGUGGAACCAGGACUACAACAUCCUCACGACAGCCGCAGAAGACCGCAAAAUCCGAUGGUGGGAUUUGCGGUCUCGGCACCCUGUCGCCGAGCAUAAUGUCGAGGGUACGAUCGGUAGUUGCGAGCUCAACAUGUUGGCGACACGUCCAAACGAUCCCGGGAUUUUGAGUGUUGCGGCUGGGAAGUCAGUCUAUUUGUUUGAUGGCACUGUGCCUGGCCGGCUGCUCAAGAAAGUAGAUUUCCGUUACGAGGUCGCUAGUGUUGCAGUCAAUAACGACACGGGCCGAUUUGUGACCGGUGGUGCUGGUGAAGAUACCUGGGCGCGAGUCUACGAUCUGCACACGGACGAUGAGCUCGAGGUUCAAAAGGGCCACCACGGCCCUAUCUGGUCUGUCAGCUACUCCCCAGAUGGCAAAUUGUACGGCACCGGAAGCGAAGAUGGCACGAUCAAACUAUGGAAAGCUAGUCGCGAACCAUACGGUCUAUGGCGAUAG